AUGAGAGGCGAGCCUCCACCUGCAUGGGGCUUUGGGAACAACACCGUUCGUGAGGACUCCGCCGACAUCGCCUUUGUAGUGGCAAACAGCCUGAUUCUGUUGAUCACUUCUGCGGUGGGGAUUGCAGCAAACCUUUUUGUCAUCCUGGCAGUUUGCCAUCAAAAAUCCCUUCAAACUGCGAUUAAUGCGUUGGUGGUGAAUCUUGCGGUCGUCGACACCCUGAGGUGUGUAGUCGACUGCCCCAUCCUCUUUACCAUCGGCGUGACCGUGUACCAAGGAGGGCAUGUGGACGAGUUGAUCUGCGACACACAAGUGGCCUCUUUCUCUUUCAGCUGCUGCGUCCAGCUGUUGACACUGACCUGUAUAAGUGCAGAGAGGUACCAGGCCAUCGCCCAACCCUUUAAAACUAGUCAAAGGCGAAGACGGAUUAUGGUGCAGAUCCCCCUCACUUGGAUCUUGGCGAUUCUGGUGGCGUUUUUUUGUCUAAUUUUUAGCAGGGACUCAUCCGUGCAUGUCAAAUGCAAAGGAUAUGAAGAAACAUCGUCCUCCUAUGACACCUUUGGACUUUACUUGUUGUUUCCACUGUGGGCAGUUUGCUUCACUAUAAUCAUUUUAUUCUAUGCUCGCAUCUUUGCCAUUGUGAGAUCACACAAUCGCAAAAUAUUUGACCAAGGUACUUUUCCUCUUUCGACUAAAGAUGAGCAGAAGAAAGAAGAAGAAACCACAGCCGUGGAAAAUGGACCUGGAAAAUCUGAGCAAAACCAGACCCUGAGCAAAAGGGUUGCAUCUGAGAUGACUGACUUGCAAACGGAACAACCUCGUCCUCCUGCACUGCAGCUUGCCGUGCAGACUGCUUUUCAAAACGAGCAGUCCAACUCCCAUGGCACAAAAGUUGAGGCGAAACCAUCAAAUGGAGGCGCUGCUGCCAGUGUUAAAAGAUCGACCAUAAUGCCGCAGGUGUCAAGCAAUUUCGGCACAGAAAAGCAGCCCAGAGAGAGAGGGCAAAUUGUCAGAGCGCCCUCUGAAAUGAAAGAAACCACCUCCUGGGCUCCCUCAUUUGCACAGUUAGAAAAGUCUCAAUCCUUUUCUGUUGUACAGAUUGAUCUAACACAAGCAAAGAACAGCAAUGGAGGAGAACCACCGACUGUUGCCACAGGAGAUCAAGUGUCUUCAUUACCUCCCGUCUCAAAUAAUGCCCCCGAAACAGAAGCUACUAAACCAAGUGUGCGGGUGGAAGGUGCUGUUUGCAUGAUGCCUUCCAAAGCAAGUAAAGAAAGAGUGCACAAAAAGAAGGAAAGUCAAAUGGCGAAGUGAGCUGGCUACAUCAUUUUAUCCUUCCUCUUAUUCUGGUUCCCAUUGAUCACAACUAUCCUGAUGAAUUUUGUUGUUCACGACAACAAGACCACAAAGGUAAAUAUUUAUUUUCAGAUCAAUCUGGACGUGGACAUUCUGUCGGUCUCUGUCACCUGCAUCACAUCUCUCAGCGACCCUAUCAUAUAUGCUGCAGUGAACCCUCAGUUUCAGACGGAGUUUUACAGGAUUAAAAACCAGUUUGUGUCCUUGUUCAAUAAGAAAUGA